UUCUCAAAAAUGUGCAAUUCAAAUCAAGAGUAUUACUUGAAGCUAGAAGAGUUGAAGAAUGCCCACUUGGAGACCAUGGCAAAAUUAGAAAGUAUGUAUCGGAAUCAACUAUAUUUAAAAGGAGUACAACCCUUAGACAAGAAAAAUGCUGCUUCUAACAUGGGUUGUAGGCCAACUUGGGAGAAGAGCCCAUGUCAGCCUCUAAAUUUGCACAAGUCCUUCUCAGACUCUGACUUAAGUGAUCCCUCAGGCUCAAUAUCUAACCGUCAUAAUCUAUCUGUCUCAAUAUCUAAUGGGUCUGACAGAGAAUUAGCGUUGGAAGAACACAGUAGUGAAACUGAAUCAUCUGCGUUUGCUAAGCAACGGAUUGAAAAAAUGUGGGACGGUUUCUCUGUGGCAGACUACAUCUCGCGCACCAAACAUAUCUUACCAAGCUCACCAGCCUUUAGAAUGAUACGGAAGAAACAGAAAGCAUGGUCACCAAAAGUUACAGUGCCCAAGCCUUUCCAGAUGACUAUCAGAGAAGCUAGAAAAAAAGAACAGAACAUCAAAUCAAAGUCGCAGAUUGAAAUGGAAAAUAACUUACUGAAGAAGCAACUAGAGGAAGAAGCAGAGUGUCAGAAAAAAUUCCGAGCCAAUCCAGUGCCCGCUGCUGUUUUCCUUCCACUCUACCACGAAAUCGUGCAACGAAACGAAGAACGCAGGAGGUCCGUGAAAGAGAGAAGCAAACUCAAACUCUUGGCUUCUCAGAAGCCAUUUAAAUUCAUUGAACGAGAGAAGCAAAGGAAUGAAAUUAGAAAAAUGCAAUUAAGAGACCUUUCCGCACCUGAAAAGAAGACAAAACUGUUCAAAGCAAGACCAGUUCCUAAAUGUGUUUAUAGUCCAGCUGUUAAUGACAAGCUAAAGGAAGAAGAGCUCUACAGAGAAAUCAGGAUCAGAAUGCGAGCUGAAGACUUGCUACGUAAUUCAGCUCUACCCAACAGUAGACUGGCUUUAACAAAUACCAAUAAAAAGAAGAAACACAAGUGCAUUGAACCAAAGGAAACAGAACAUAAACCUAAGAUCAAAUCAAACGUUCCAGAUUUUGAACUACUACACCAGAAAUUUCAGAAACGGCUCCUGCAACAAAAACAAGUGAAACACCUUACAGUCUGUGAACCUUUCGAUCUUCGUACUCCAUAUAUUCCCUCAAACAAGGGGAAGAUUUUGAAGGACAUUCAAGAGGAUGAAGAAAAGCUGAAAGAAACACGCUGGCCAUAUGCCUCUCCAAGACGUAAGCCUCAGAUGAGACAUGCAAGUGCAAAUCCACAUCUCUCAGGAUUUGGAGAAUCUAAAUCGCCAAAAAUCACAGAAUCCACAAGACGACGGCUACAAGCCAUAAGGAACUCACUUGAGGAAAAGAGAAAGCUGGAAGAACAACAAAAAAGGAACAGAACAAAGCAGAAACAAAGAACGAAAAAACUCCAGAAAAUCGUAACAACUCGGGCUGAGGCCAAUGACCCACAUCAGAGCCUAGCUCAGAUGUCUAAAUCCAAAUUAAAAACAUUCAGGAAUUAUGAAAAGCAGAGAAUGCAAGAAUAUUUGCAGGAGUUGCAAGAAAUGGAAGAAAGAGUAAAUCAAAGGCCACUGCUUUUUGAAAGAGUCACUCAGAAAAAUGCCAGAAUAGCUGCAGAAAAGCAUUAUUUUAAGAGACUGAGAGCACUGGGGAUAUGCCCAGAGUUUCUUUCAAAUAAAGGACAAACCACUAAAUUGCUCCAGUGUGUCAGUGCUGAAGAUUUUAAUAACACCACUGAUGCCAGAGAAAGAGUCAUCAAGGAUAAAGCGAAAGAAAGGGAAACCUUUGAGGAAGCAGCUGACAGCAGUCCUCAGUCUGAGCAGUCCUGCGAGGAGAAGGGAGAGAAGAGAAAAGGUGUCAAAACCUCCACCCGGGAUGGCCAGUCCAGUGAGCUGGAGGAUGAGGAAGAGGCAGGAGCCAGCCCUCAUACUCAUCGGCCUUGCCAUACAGGGGAGGCUGGGUCCAGUCCCCCCUCUGACCAGCUCUGUGAAGAGGAUAAGGAGGAGGAGGAGGAAGAGGAAGAGGAGGCAAAGGCAGGCCCGUCACUUGGCUGUUCCCAGGAGGAGGAGCAGUCAAGACCUAGCUCUUGCUCUGACCAGUCCUAUGAGCAUGAAGAGGAGGGUCGGUCUGACCCUGAAGCCGAGGGUGCCUUCAGAUAUGAGGAUGAGGAAUAUGAAAAUGAUGAUUCAGAAGAGAAACCCAGCGAUGAAGAAGCUGACUGA